AUGCUCUCAGGCGCGCCAAUUCGAACAGGAGGAGCCGGCCUCCUAUCAAAACGCGCACCGACAAUAAUAACACCAUGCUCGCCGCUCCGCCCAGCAAACCCUCGAAUCUUCAAACGCCACCUCGGAAUCCCACCCCAGUACCUCCUCGACGACUACACCCCGCGCUACCAGCUCCUCACCUCCGUCCAACUCUCCCAAAAACGGUCGACGGCGUACCGGCACCUGCGGCAAUGUAACCUGUGCCCUCGCCUCUGCAACGUCAACCGCUACGAUAGUACCGGAGUAUGCCUUAUCGGCGCCUCAACCGUAAAAGUAAACACAAUCGCUCCGCACCGCGGCGAAGAGCCUUGUAUCCAGGGCUACAACGGUUCCGGCGCCGUAUUCUUCUCCGGCUGUAAUCUGCGCUGCGUGUUUUGUCAAAACCACGACAUCGCGCAUCAGCGGAAUGGAUUCGAUCUCUCGCCCGAGGAGUUGGCGGAGUGGAUGGUCAAACUCCAGGAUGUCGGCGGGGUACAUAAUAUUAAUUUUGUGACGCCGGAACAUGUUGUGCCGCAGGUUGCAUUGGCUAUCUUAAGCGCGCGGGAGAUGGGGUUGAAAGUGCCGAUCAUAUAUAAUACGUCGUCGUUUGAUUCGUUGGAAUCCCUGGAGCUGAUGGAUGGGCUGGUGGAUAUUUACCUACCGGACUUUAAAGUGUGGGAUUCAUCUACUUCCAAACGGCUGCUGAAAGCCGACAACUACGCCGAAGUCGCCCGCGAGUCAAUCAAGGAGAUGUAUAGACAAGUCGGCGAUUUGAGCUUUACGUCCGAUGGGGUUGCGCAGCGCGGAGUGCUGCUUAGACAUCUCGUUAUGCCGGGAAAGGAAGAUGAAGGGAAGCAAAUAAUGGAGUGGUUGGCAGAGAACGUCUCGAGGGAUUUGUAUGUGCAUGUCAUGGAGCAGUAUCAUCCUGAUGCUCAUGUGGGGAAGAAGAAGAGGAGAAGAGCCAAGAGGCAGGAUGUUGAGUCGGGAGGUGAAGAAGAAGAAGAAGAAGAAGAACAAGAGGUUAGAUAUGCGGAGAUUAAUAGGGCGGUCACGGAUGAGGAGUUGGGGACUGUUAGGAAGGCGGCGGAGGACGCUGGACUCUGGAGGUUUUGUGAUGUUUCCGAGCAGGCUGGGUUUCAUUUAUAG